AUGAUGAGAAUCUCCAUUUUCACUCUUCUUUUACAAAUCCUUUGUUUGCUUGCAUUAAACACCGCACCCUUACAUGCAAACAAAGAAGAAGCUGAAGCUCUCUUACAAUGGAAGAUCAAUGGCCUAUCAUCUUCUUUACUGGAUUCUUCCUGGUCUGUCAACAACCUCACAAAUGUGUGCAGUUGGGAGGGUAUCAUCUGCAACUCGGAUGGAUAUGUUUCAGAGUUGAAUCUACCUCAUGAAAACAUCAGAGGUACACUUGAACCACUCCGUUUUUCCUUGCUUCCUAAUCUUACUCGCAUCAAUCUGAAGAACAAUAGUUUGAGCGGAGUGAUACCAUCUGCUAUCAGCAGCCUCCUUAAGCUCACUUUUCUGGACUUGAGCAAUAACAACCUGAGGGGGGGAAUACCAGAAGAAAUUGGUUCAAUCACCCGUCUUCAAGUACUGAAAUUGUUGAAUAAUUCAUUUCAGGGGAAGAUUCCGCCUUCCAUAGAAAGCCUUAAACAUCUUCAGUUUCUUUCUCUCGAAAUGAAUCAACUGAAUUCUAUGAUUCCCUUUGAACUUGGGCUAUGCACAAAUCUUGAAUUCCUAUAUCUAGACCAUAACUUUCUAACAGGCGAGUUGCCUCCCAGUAUGUCCAAUCUUUCCAAACUAGUUGAUUUAGAUUUAUCUUCCAAUAGCCUUUCAGGUAAGUUAGUUCCACACCUCAUUGCCAACUGGACACAAUUAACUUCCUUGUUUAUAGAUAGCAAUAAUUUCACUGGAAGAAUUCCCUCUGAAAUUGGUUUAUUGACACAACUUGAAUAUCUUGCCUUGUCUAGUAACCAGCUUUCAGGUUGCAUUCCCUCAAACAUUGGGAAUUUGAAAAAGUUGUCUCAACUUGACCUUCACAAAAAUCACCUCUAUGGUCCAAUUCCUCCAACAAUUGGAAAUUUAACAGAGCUUGGCUUGCUAGAGCUUUCAAAAAACUAUCUUAGGGGAUCAAUACCACCGGAAGUAGGAUAUUUAACAUCACUAUCUGCUGUUCUCAUAAUGUCCAACUUGCUUCAUGGACCUGAGACCUUAUCAAUCUUUUGCAAUGUCACAUCUCUUUCUGGCCUUAUUAUAGCCGAUAACAAAUUGAGUGGAAAUAUUCCAAAAUGCAUGGGAAACAACACGAAUCUAAUUGUUUUAGUUCUUCAUGGCAAUCAGUUUCACGGGGAUAUUCCAAAAUCACUCUGCAAUACAUGCCACCUUCAAUUUCUUGUCCUGUCAAACAAUUACUUGAGUGGUGUAAUUCCAACGUGCCUGGGAAAUUUUAGCAAUCAACUCUCAAUCUUGCGUCUUGACAAUAAUAAUUUGCAUGGUGCUAUGCAUAGAGAGUUUUGCAGUUCAACCCCUUUCAAGUUGGUUGACCUAUCUCAUAAUUCUUUGAGUGGUGUUAUUCCUUCGUGUUUGGGAAAUCUAAGCACAACAUUGUCGCUACUUGAUUUAAGCAUGAAUCGCUUUUAUGGAAACAUUCCAGAAGAAGCUUUCAAGGGUGAUGUCCUGCAAGUUCUCAUCUUGGGUUAUAAUGAAUUUGAAGGACUUUUACCUCGUACACUCAUCAAUUGCACGGUUCUCAAAGUUCUUGAUGUUGGAAAUAAUGGUCUAAAUGACUCAUUCCCACACUGGUUAGAUGUUCAUCCACAAUUGGUAGUGCUCAUCUUAAGUUCUAAUCAUUUUCAUGGAGUGAUAGGCAGCAAUCCUACCACCAAGGUUCCAUUUCCUAUGUUGCGAGUUCUUGAUCUCUCCAACAAUCACUUCACUGGACAUUUGCCUGAAUAUUAUUUGCUGCAUUUUUACUGGGAUUAUAAAUGA